GUCUGGUAACAUGGAGCUUGGCGACGGUUCCUCGAGUAGUGAAGUGGCCAAUAACACGGCAUCUCAGAGCAGAGGCCAAUCACCGUCCAGAUCUCAACGUACAUCAAGAUCUCAUGUGAGGAAUGACUAUCGCUCCAGGUCCUGUAGCAGGAGCAGUGCUGGAUCCAGCACAGGGUCCUCUUGGUACAGUGAUCACACCUACAGGUCCAGGCGGUCACGGCACAGUCAUGGCAGGCACAGACACGGCAGGUCACGGCACAGGUCCAGGCACAGGUCCAGGCACAGGCGUGAUUACCGAUCCUGUGACAGCAGGUGCAGACAUGAUCGAUCACACCACAGUGGCCGAAGAGGUGACCGAAGCCACAGGGAUGACCGAACCCAUAGAGAUGUCCAACCCCCCAGUGAGGACAUUGCACAUAGAGGUGACCAAACCCAUAAAGAUAUCAAACCCGCCAGGCAGGACAAGGCACGUAGAGGUGGCCGAACCAUAGGUGCCCAACCACCCAGAGUGCACCAGGCAGGUAGAGCUACCUUAAGUCAAAGAGUGAACCAAGCCCGCAGUAAUCUCACACCUAGAGGUGGCCAAACUCAGAAGGAUGUCCAAUCCCUCAGUGAGGAUGGAGGAGCACAUCGAGAUGGCCCAAUCCAAGGAGAAGACUCAUCUCCGCCGACCUGGUCAACACAUACUAGACCAGUGACUGAGCCAGGGAGUUGGACCUUCCCAAUGCCUACGGAGGUGUUCCAGGAGGAGGUCCUGAACUUAUUACUGGACAUCCGCAAUCACCUCAUUGCACCACAGCUGACCUCCUCAGUGCAUAUCGAGACUAUUGACACCAUGGAGGAGUUUGAUGAACUGCAGCAACGCCUUGCAGAUACAUUUACCUUCGAUGCCCUGGUGCAGCAAAUACAAAGGGUUGGUGGGCGAAACACCAGGGACUGUGUUUUCCGAGCAAUGGGCAGGCUGUUCACCAACAACCUCAUGGCCAAAUUUAAUUUGAAAGGCAAAGGGAAAAGUGGGAAACGUGCCUUGGAGGGAACAAAUGUUUUCAGAGCAAUAACGGAAGGGGUCAUGAACGUCAACACCACGGCGACCGAGCAAGAAAUCAGAGGCUGGAUGGGGGAGCAACUGAAGCACGCUCCAAGCAGGCGUGGCGGUGGAGGAUUUGGCCAGCCAGUCGUGAACACUUCCAUUAUCUCUGAUGCUGCGAUGCUGUGUGAUGUUUUUGCCAAUAACAUAUCCCAUGUCACUGGAAGUCAAUAGUAAUUCAAUAGCAGUUCAGAGCCCUAUGUUCUUCAUGCAAAGAAAUGCUUUGGUUUUUUUAAUGUGUAAUGUACAUCACUGUUUAUGUUCUCACGUAAAGCAGUUACUAGUUCAACUGUUUGCCUUUCUGUGACUUUUUUAUUAUUGAAUAAAGAUGAAUAGUUUUUGGA